CAUGAAUGAUAUUUAUUCCUUAAAAUUUCUAUUUACAGACAUAAAACUUAGACAUUGUGAUGUGUCAUCAGGUGGAUCAUGUUGCAGUGCAGUGAUAGAACAAAAGAUGGCCCUUCACGCUCGACAAGCUAUGGAUAAAACAACCCGUGAUUCAAUCAACAAAAUGUCAUCAACACUACAAACUCGAGCGCAGAAGUUUAACGAACUCUUCAAAUCUCUUCUUGCACAAUCAAGAGAUGGCUUUCAUCAAAUGUUCAAGCAAACUUAUGGUGUGAUUUAUGAGCAGAACUCUUAUGUCUUCAGUGAGCUGUUUGUGAAGCUUGAAGGUUACUUUCUUCGUGGUAAACUCGAUCUCACUGACAUGAUGGACAAGUUCUUCAAUCAACUUUAUCAAAAAAUGUUCACUGUAAUCAACAGUCAUUAUCACUUCAAUGACGAGUACCUGAAUUGCGUUAGCGAAUACAUGAAAGAAUUAAAGCCAUUCGGAGAUGUUCCUGAUAAGCUUUCAGUUCAAGUGAAAAGAUCUUUUGUAGCAACUCGAACAUUUGUGCAAGCUUUAAGUGCUGCUGCUGAUGUUGCGAAAAGUAUGAUGUCGAUUCGUCCACUGGCUGAUUGCACAGCUGCAUUAACUAAAAUGUCAACUUGUGGUGCUUGUAUGGGAUAUCCUGAGAAGCCCUGCAAACAAUAUUGUGAAAAUGUGAUGAAAACUUGUCUCCAACAAUAUGUCGAGCUUGAUUCAGAAUGGGAUCUUUUUGUUGCACAAAUGGAGAAAGUUUCCGAUCGCCUUCUUGGACCAUUUAACAUUGUUAUGGUUGUCGAGCCGAUCAACAUAAAAAUUUCUGAAGCUAUCAUGAACUUCCAGGAAUCUGGUCAUGACAUCAGCAAAAGAGUUUUUGUUGGAUGUGGUCAACCGAAAUUGGGUCGUCAGAGACGUUCGUAUCCACUCAUAAACUCAAAUGCAGAUCUUUUCAUUGACGAUGAACAAGAUGAUUCAUCAAAUGAGCGGGUGAGGCGUGCAGCCGAUCCAGUGAAUCAAGAAAACCGCAGAAGCAACCAAGAAAUCAAAGUUGAACCCUUUAAAUUCCCGAGAAACGAGAACUUUUCUGGUAAUCGAGGAAACACAAAUCGUGGUCGAAAUAGCAAUCGAAACAGUCAACGAUACACAAAUGGAAAUAAAAAUGAUAACAGCAGAGAGUCAAGUCUCGAUAAGCUUGUGAAAGAUAUCAGACAAAAGGUCAAAGACACCAAAAAGUUUUGGUCAAAUCUUCCUUACACAGCUUGUAAUAGCGAUGACUUUGCAGCUGCUGGAAACAGCGACCGCUGUUGGAAUGGUCAAAGUAUCAACAGAUACAUCCCAGCUAUAAAACCAUCAGAUGUUCAGUUGAAUCCCAACACGCGGCAAAACCAAAUUGUAACGCAACAAGUGCACAUUCUCAAAACGACUAUCAACCACUUGAAGAAUGCUUACAAUGGAAAUGACAUUGAGUGGUCUGAUACAGAGGAUACCGAAGAUAGUUACGAGUCAGGAAGUGGAUCUGGCAGUGGACUCAUCGAUGACGACACUGAAGAAGGUUCCGGUCUUGGAUCAUAUUCAGGAGAGAUUGAACCAGAAAUCAUUCCUCCACAUAAUCCAAUUGACACUGGUACUCGUCAUGUUAACGUACAUGAAGUGACAAGGAAUAACAUCGAUCUCGAUCAUAAUUCAAGUUCUGAUGGUGAUUCCGAUAUAACAGAACAUAGUCGAGAGACGAAUCCAUCGUCAGGUUCGUCGUCAACAUUAUCAACGUCAUCUUGGAGGACGAAACGACUUAUCUUCACUUACUUCCUACCCAUCGUUAUGGCGUGGUUUGGAGGAUCCAUUAGUGGCGCUGUUGCUGAUUUGCUGUGAUUAUUUUUGAAAAAGUUUUUUUUCCUUAUGAAAAAUUCCUUUUGAUUUUUGUAAAUUAAUGUUGUGAAUGUGCGUGUGGGUGUGUGUAAGUGAAUGACGUGUGAAUGCAUGAAAUAAUUUAUAUAAAUAUAUGACGAAAUAAUUAAAUGGUUAAUUAUAUAUCACUAAAUUAAAUAAUCUCUUUCGAUAAGACAAAGUGAGAAAAAGAAAUUUUUUGUACUGAACGAAGACGAUCUUUGAUGUCGAUCGGUGAUGUUGAAAGACAAUUGAAAGAGAAAAGCCGAUUUGAUGAUGAACUUGGGAAGCACCUGAAAGUGUCCAGUUUUUAUUUGUAUGAUUGUUGUAGAAUAUUUUAAUAUCAAAACAAAAUGAAUUGAAAUGAAAUUAAUUAAUAAUUAAUGUAGAACUCAAAUCAUUGUCCUUUUAACUGUCUAAUUGUUUAAGUUUUUAAAAAGCGAAAAGAGAAAAUAAUUAGACUGUUCUGAUGAUAAGCACAAAUGAAUACAAAAACAUGAAUAGAUAUUUGAGGAUGAUGACAAGAAGCCUAUUAGACGAAAGUAAUAACAAAUAUCAUUUUUAAAUAGUGCCAGAAAAAAAAGAAGAUUAAUUAGACGAUAAAUAAUGAAGAAAAUAUUUUAUGUCACAAACAGGAACUCUUCAGGAAGAUUUUCAAUGCCUAUGAAGUGUAGAUUGGCGAGUUAUUAAGUUUUCUAUCAUGAUUGUGAGUUGACCUCAUUCGUAAAGGAUCAAAAGCUCUCAUACAAAGUAAAAUUUAUGAUAAGACUUUCAAAUGAUGAUAGAAACAGAAUCCACCAGAAUAACAACUGCCAAUUGUCACGUCAUAACAGACAUUAUGGUUUUUCCAUCUUCUUUUCCAGUAAUAAAACAAACAAACAUAACGAGAGUCUCAUGAAAAAUAUACAAAAGAAAAAAAUAAUUUAAAAUUUUAGUGUUACAGGGAAAUCCAAUGAAAUGAAAAAUACAGUAAAAAUUUUAUGGAAAAUCUGAGUUUAAUUCUCAAUUCGAAAGGAAAAGUUUUAAAAGGAAAAAAAUUAAGUCAUUUGCCAUUUAAAUUAUAUUUCAAUAAAUAUAAAAAAUAAAUUGAAGUACAGAAAAUGUUUGGAACCAAAAAUUAUAAGAGAAAAAUUAUCAGAGAAUAAAUAAUUAAUGCGAAUCCCGUUGAAUAUAAUGAAUCAUGUGAAUAUCAAUAAUGAAA